CCGGUUUGCUUACAAGCACCGCUGGACCGCACCGGUGCGCGUGCGGUAAGUUUAGUGUGUUUACUUACAAAACGUGCUCCGGCCGAAGUGCGCGCUCGAUCAGCUGUGCCGCCGUCAAGUCCGACUUGGGAGUUUGCUUGUAUAGCAAGUUAACCGCCACCGCGCCAUGGCCAGACCACGUGCAAACUGCAGACCGACGGCUUACUCGAUUUGAUUAACAGAUGUCACCGUGUGCCGCCGCCAAAGGGUUCGAGUCCACGCUGUUAGCCGACCAAACGUACGAAGACGACCGCCGCAAUGCACCGGCGACAACUACAGCAGCAGCAGCAGCGGCCGUGCCAGCACCGGCCAAGACCACCACCGCCACCACCACCACUAGACCCACUGCGGUUCUUAUCAGCCGGGACGUCACCUCGCUGUGUCAACAGUUCUUGGCCGCCUACAACAUCCGACCGGACUUCUUUUGCAAGUUCCAGGCCGGUUCAAGUACGCGAAACCGAGAUGCGUCCUGUUCGAACGAGGCGGUGCACUUGCAACAGCGAUUGCGCAGCCUAAGUACGGAGCUGGUGACCCUCCGGAAUAGCCUGAACCAAGGCCAAGGGGCGGCACACGGGGGACAGGGUUGCCCGCAACCGACCACCGUCAAACAAUCGUCUGGUUCGAAUUUCACCAGUAAUAACAAUAAUAAUAACAACAACACUAUACUGAACACUGGCAAGUCGGCACCUACCAGCCCGUCCAAAACCACCACGUUACCACCUCCGGUGCUGCCGAGGACUUCGUUACCCACCUUACCCAUUGCAGAUAAACUCUUCAAGGGCAAAGAUGAGUUGGCCAACAACAACGGGCAGUCGCCCAAGUGCGUCAACGCCUCUUCGCCGGCAGCUCAACAGCAACAGCAACUACAGAAGACUGAAACUAACCAACAGCAGCAGCAGCAGCAGCAGCAACAGGGGCAACGACGGUCUCACGGUCCGGCCACGGCUGCUGCCACGGGGUAUACUACUACCGGAGGCGGUGGGUUGACCGUAGACGGCGGCGACCUGAUCCAUCUUCCUGGGCCAUUGACCGAAGACGCCGUGCUCAAGGCGCUGCACAGUCGGUUUUGCGCGACACAAAUGUUUACCAAUGUUGGACCGAUUUUGCUGUGCAUGAACUCGUACAGAGACGUCGGCAACCCGAUGACGUUAACCAGCAUGAGAGGCGCCACGUUAGACUUAAAAUUGCACAGGGUCGUUUUGGACGCUGUCAGACAACAGACCGAGUCUGGUUAUCCCCAAGCAAUAAUACUUUCCGGCGUAAGUGGUUCCGGCAAGACGUACGCUUCGAUGUUGCUGUUGAGGCAACUAUUCGACGUGGCCGGAGGUGGACCGGAAACGGAUGCUUUCAAACAUUUAGCUGCUGCGUUCACGGUGCUGAGGUCCUUGGGCUCGGCCAAAACAUCUUCAAACUCAGAGUCUAGUCGAAUCGGUCAUUUCAUCGAAGUACAAGUGACGGACGGCGCGUUGUACAGAACCAAGAUACACUGUUACUUCUUAGACCAAACGAGAGUGGUGCGACCGUUGCCGAAUGAAAAAAACUAUCACAUUUUUUAUCAGAUGCUCGCCGGUCUGACCCAAGAGGAAAGGGUUAAGUUGAACUUGGAAGGAUAUUCGCCUUCGAACCUACAAUACCUGAUGCACGGCGAUACCAGACAAGACGAAGCCGAAGACGCUGCGAGAUUCCAGUCGUGGAAAUCUUGUCUGGGUCUUCUCGGUAUACCCUUCAUGGACGUGGUCAGGGUUCUGGCCGCAGUGUUGCUGUUGGGCAACGUGAAUUUCGCAGACAACGGAUCCGGCGAAGUGGUAGCCAAAGGCGAAACCGAAUUGGCCUCUGUAGCCAGACUUCUGGGCAUAACUUUCCCGUCGCUUUUCCGAGGGAUCACCACGAGAACGCAUUCCGAAACGACUCGCGGGAACACUCAACUGAUAAAGACCACUUGCGACGCCAAUAUGGCCAAUUCCAUUCGAGAUUCCCUGGCCAAAGCGCUUUACUGCCGAACCGUGGCCACCAUAGUGCGCCGGGCAAACAGUCUGAAACGGCUGGGAUCGACACUGGGCACGUUGAGUAGCGAUUCCAACGAUUCGGUGCACAACCAAGCCGAGGUGGCCAGUCAACACGCGUCCACCAUAGGCACGGCCGGUUCCAAGUCCAGCAAGUCAAUGGCCGCACUGAACAACGCAGUGAACAUAGCUAGACACGCCACGGACGGGUCUAUUGGAAUUCUAGACAUGUUCGGCUUCGAAGAGCCAAAGCCCAGCCAACUCGAGCACCUGUGCAUCAACCUUUGUGCCGAGACAAUGCAGCAUUUUUACAACACUCACAUUUUCAAGUCCAGCAUAGAGUCGUGUCGUGACGAGGGCAUACACUGCGACGUGGAAGUCGAUUACGUGGACAACGUGCCGUGCAUAGAUCUCAUUUCUUCAUUAAGAACUGGAUUGUUGAGCAUGCUGGACGUGGAAUGUUCCAUAAACGGAUCGGUAGAACUGUACCUGAGGAAAGUGAAAACACAGCACAGAAACAACCCUCGAUUGGUCGAAUCAAAAACGAUCGAUCAGAGGUCCUUCGGCAUACAACAUUUUGCCGGCCGUGUAGUGUACGACGCCACAGAUUUUCUAGAAACCAACAAAGACGUGGUGCCCGACGAUCUAGUGUCUGUCUUCCACAAGCAGUCGUGCUCGUUCGGUUUCGCCACACAUCUGUUUGGAAGCGAACUCAAAGCGCUUUACAGUCUUGAAACCGUCCCAAGAGGAAUCAAAUUCCGAAUAUCUCCGACGUCGCAUUCCGAUUUAUUAAACGGAAACGAACCCGUGUCGACGUUAACCCAAGAUUUUCACACUCGCCUCGACAACCUGCUGAGAUCGUUGGUGCACGCCAGACCUCAUUUCGUGCGUUGCAUAAAAGCCAAUUCGUCGGAAUGUCCGGAUAAGUUCGACAGAGCUGUGGUCAUGCGACAGAUACGUUCCUUGCAAGUACUGGAGACGGUCAACUUGAUGGCGGGAGGUUUCCCCCAUCGGAUGCGUUACAAAGCUUUCAAUCUGAGAUACAAGAUGCUGGCUCCGUUCGGCAAGCUGUUGCGUACCGACGAUCGAGCCACCGAAGACUGUCAUUUGAUAUUGCAGUGCGUCGAAGAGAAAAUGGACUCCAGACAAAGCGAAGUCAGCAUGAGUUGGGCAUUUGGCAAGAGACACGUUUUCCUGAGCGAGGGCGUCAGGCAACUAUUGGAGAAGCUAAGGUGGCAGACCCAUCACAACGCGGCCGUUCUCAUACAGUGUACCUGGAAAAGUUGGAGGACCAGAAGAAAAUGGCCUGGCACGAAGAGAGUUUUACAGAUGCAGCAGUCCGCCAACCCGGCUGUACAAUGUCUAAACGGCAAAGUGGGCAUGAACGGCAGGAAAGUAACCAAUAUGAAUAGCACCACCGGGGCGCAAAUAUCUGCCAGCGGCAUUGUCAACAACACAAACACUGCCACGCUGACGAGGCCUAGACCUCAGCCCAUAACUGGAACACCGCCACCGGAUCAGAGCGAGAAAUUUGAUCAGAAAAUAUUACAGACGUGUAAUCUUUUUGGAUUAAAUUUGGAAAGGCCACCGCCGUUACCUCCUAGCCGUUCGUACACGAUAUCCGGAAAUACAAAAAUCGGCUAUCCGCAAAGUCGAAUAAUGAAAAAAUCGUUUCCGGAGGAAGGUAACUGCGACGUGACGCUGAUGAAAGGCGAUUCGGUUGUUGUGGUGGGCGCGUCCAACAGGAGAGGUCACCUGGUCGUCGAACAUUGCAACCGAAGUCUGGAAGUGCCAUUCCAGUUUUUAGAACUGAAACCUAGACCCGUUGCCAUAUAGGUAGAGCCGGUCGUGGACGCUCGAAAAAAAAAAAAGCCUUUGAUCAAAUUUUAGUAUGUAAUUUUCGUGUACAACGUGAACUCUAUGUACGAGACUCCCCGACUGAGAAACCCAUCUCUGCGUGUCGCGAUAAAAAUUAUUUAUUUGUAACGUUAUGUAAUAUUUCAAUAUAAUAUUAUUGUAAUUAUAUUUGUGUUGUAACAUACUUUUUAGUACAAAUCGGUUAUCUUUCAUUCCUGUUGAUACAUAAUAAAUAUAUAUAUAUAUAUAUAUGUGUAUAUUGUACGUUAUUAUUAGAGGUAUAUAGUAAAUAAAUAUGUAUAAUAUUAUAA